AUGAAUACAAGCUUGACUCGUGGUGUAAAUAUGACUCCAUAUGAAAUAGUUUUUGGACAAAAACCUAGAGUCGAUUAUGAAUUAUGGAAAUUAAUAGACAAUCAAGAUAUUACACUUGAAGAAGAUUUACCAUCUUCUAUUCGUCAACGUCUUGCUGAGGAGGAUACAUCAGGAUCAUUUUCUUCAAAUUCAACAAGUCCUGAUAAUGCUGAUCAACAAGAAACUCUUUCUUCUAUUGUUACAACUAAUUGUAUACAAAAUUCAGUUCGCCUACCAAUAUCUGAUGCAACGUCAGAAUCAGCUGAACUACCACAAGCAGCUCAACCAACACGAGAACCUGAACCAAAAAUAAAAAUUCAUGAUGAAUUUAUAAAAGAUUUAUCUUUCAAAUGUUUAAUUGGUGAUUAUGUUGGUAUUAAGAUCAAUAAAGUUGAUCGAACAAACACCGACCCAAAAAUUUUACCUGCAGUUGUAUUAGAAAAAAAAGAUGAUAAAAUCAAAGUUGCAUGUGAAUUUGGCAUUAUUAACCAGUGGUGGUCUUUAGAUUCCAUUGCAUUAUUAUCUGCUGUACCUGAAAAUUUAGUUAAUUUACAAACAAGUGAAUUAAAGGAAAUAUCGUUUAUUACCGCUUCAAAAUUAUGUGUUCGUGGUGGUAUUGAUGGAGUUACUUGUUCAUGUAAAGGUGGUUGUAAGACAAAGCAAUGUGCUUGUCGAAAAAAAAACUUAUCUUGUUCAACAAAAUGCCACAAAAAUGGUGUUCGUUGUGUAAAUUUAGAUUCAGAUGAUAAAAUAUGA